AAGCCGCCGGAGAAUUGGCCUCCGAUGCCGGGGAAUCCACCGAUGGAGAAUUGGCCUGGAAUGAGGGAGUCUCCGCCGGCAGAGAGUAGUAGGUUGAUGGAACACAUGUCUGAGGAGCGGGUGCUGGAGUAUGGGGGUGGGAGUGAAGGAAGUGGUAGGUGUAGUGCGGAGGAGUCGUGGGGUGGAGCUUAUCUGGGGGAGGAUCUCCCGACGCCCAAGGAGAUAUGCGAGGGGCUCGAUAAAUUUGUGAUCGGGCAGGAGCGCGCAAAAAAGGUGCUCUCUGUUGCUGUUUACAACCACUACAAAAGGAUCUAUCAAGCAUCAUCACAGAAGUGGUCUGGGUCUGAGUAUUUUGUGGCUGAAAAUGAUGAUAGUGAGGUAGAGCUUGAGAAAAGCAAUGUUCUCUUGAUGGGACCAACUGGUUCAGGGAAGACUUUACUUGCGAAAACAUUGGCUCGACUUGUGAAUGUGCCAUUUGUUAUUGCCGAUGCGACAGCGUUGACUCAGGCUGGUUAUGUUGGAGACGAUGUUGAAUCAAUAUUGUACAAACUACUCAUGGUUUCAGGGUACAAUGUGGAGGCCGCACAACAAGGCAUUGUGUAUAUUGAUGAAGUUGAUAAGAUUACAAGGAAGGCUGAGAGUUUAAAUGUAAGCAGAGAUGUAUCUGGCGAAGGUGUCCAACAGGCUCUCUUGAAGAUGUUGGAAGGAACUAUAGUCAAUGUUCCAGAGAAGGGUUCUCGGAAACAUUUUAUACAGAUAGAUACAAAAGAUAUUCUAUUCAUAUGCGGUGGUGCCUUUGUUGAUUUGGAAAAGACUAUUUCAGAUAGAUGCCAUGACUCAUCUAUAGGCUUUGGAGCACCAAUACGAGCAAGCAUGAGAACUGGUGGGUUGCCAAAUGCUGUAGUGACAUCAUCCUUAUUGGAAUCAGUAGAAAGUGAUGAUCUUGCUACAUAUGGACUCAUUCCAGAAUUUGUCGGGCGCUUUCCUAUAUUGGUCAGCUUAUCAGCUCUUAAUGAGGACCAGCUUCUCCAGGUCUUAUCAGAGCCUAAGAAUGCCCUUUGUAAACAGUACAGGAAAUUAUUUAACAUGAAUAAUGUAGGUAUUAUUUUCUCACAUCUAAUAGACCCUUUGUAUUCUUAUUUUAAAAUGACUGAUUUUCCUAUAUUUUAUCAUAUCAAAUUUCAGGUUACGUUACAUAUUACUGAUACUGCACUUAGGUUAAUUGCGAGAAAAGCAAUGGCUAAAAAUACAGGUGCACGAGGUUUGCGCUCUAUUUUGGAGAACAUUCUGACUGAGGCCAUGUAUGAGGUCCCAGAUGUAAAAUCAGGGAACGAUCGAGUAGAUGCAGUUCUUGUGGAUGAAGAAUCUGUUGGCACUAUUAACCAACGAGGUUCUGGAGCGAAAAUUCUUCGCGGGCAUGGUGCAUUAUACCGUUACCUAACUGAGAAUGAGAGAAAGAAUUCAACAACUGAUGAUGUAUCUGAUAGCGGCGAAGCCGAAGCAGAUUCUGAGCUCCAACCCAGAGCUGUUAUGAGCAUGUAGACUAUUAAUUCACAUAGAUGCUAUAGCUUGUAAAAUCAUUCUUUUUUUCUUUCACAGAUGAUGUAAAUUAUUCAUCCCUGAUAUACGAUUGUAAUUCUUUCUAAUUCACACAAAUGUACCAUUUAGAUUGCUUCCAUGUUCAGUGAAAGAAUGAAAAACAAUUCAAAGAUUCAUUUUCAGUUUUAGA